AUGGCCACUGAACUCAACGUUACGCGCCUCCCAACUCCCUCUUUGCCCGCCGUUCCCACCCCCUCAUCUUACGACCCCCAUCGCGGCGCACGCACGCCCCUCAUCAUCGACAAUGGCGCGACCAACUUGCGCUUCGGCUUCUCCACGGACGAUGCGCCCCGCACCGCGAUCAAUGCCGUCGCGAAAUUCAAGGAGCGCAAGCAGGGGCGCCAGCUGCUCCUCUUCGGUGACGCCAUUGAUGCCGAGAGCGGCGCUCGGGGCCAGCUGAGGACGCCUUGGGAGGGUGACGUGCUGCUCAACUUCGACGCGUUGGAACAUGCACUGGACUAUGCAUUUAUACAACUUGGAAUCGACACACCGACCGUUGAGCACCCCGUCCUCAUGACCGAGCGCCUCGCGUCCCCAUUGCACUCGCGAGCUCUCACCUCUGAGCUUAUGUUCGAGCUCUACUCUGUCCCCUCCCUCACAUACGCCGUUGACUCUGUCAUGUCCUUCUACCACAACAACCUCCCAACCCCACUCUCCGUUCCAUUCACUGUCGACGGUCUCAUUGUCUCUUUCAACACGGCCUCGACCUCCGUGAUACCCGUCCUCGACGGGAAAGGUAUCAUGAGCCAGGCAAAACGGAUACCGUGGGGCGCACAGCAGGCGACCGACUACCUCCUCAAGCUCAUCCAGCUAAAAUACCCCACAUUCACUACGCGUGUCCCACCCUCUCAAACAAACUGGAUGCUUCAAACUUUUUGCGAAGUCGCCCCAGACUACACCGCGCUCUUGCGGCGCCUGCGCGACCCGGCUGCGCUCCGCGCUGCCGAGCGCAUAAUCCAAUUCCCGUUCGCCAUCCCCGUUGCAGACGAAAAAUCUGCCGAAGAGGUUGCGCGCGCGCAGGAGAAGCGGCGCGAGCAGGGACGCAAGCUCCAGGAGAUUGCUGCCAAAGCGCGGCUCGACAAGUUGAUGCAGAAGGAGAACGAUUUGCAGUACUUGACCAACCUGAAAGAGCGCAAGGAGGAAGAGACAAAGCGCGAGUGGCAGAUGUCUCUGCAAUCGGAGGGCUUCAGUGACGAUGCCGCUCUGGACCAGUCCAUCAAGAAACUCGAGGCUGAUCUCAAAAAGGCGCGCAAGAAAGAGGCUGAGGGCGAGGACGUCAUUGAGGAGCCGGCCUUCCCUCUUGUCGACGUUCCCGACGCCGAACUCGACGAAGAGGGCAUCAAGGAGAAGCGCAAGCAGAAAAUGAUGAAGGCCGGGUUCGAAGCGCGGGCGCGGGCGCGGCGCGAGAAAGAACGAGAGCGCGAGGAGCGUGCGGCGGAGGAGCAGCGGGAGCUCGAGGAGCGCGAGCGCGAUCUCGCCGGGUGGGCAGGCAAGCUGCGCAAAGAACAGGAGACGAUCAUCAGCCGCAUCAAGGAGCGCAGCAGGCGCAAGGUCGCACUCACGGAUCGGAAGAGCGCGGCGAGCCAGGCGCGCAUGAAAAGCAUCGCAAGCCUCGCGGCGGACGACCGCGUGUCGAAGAAGCGAAGAAAGGGCGGAGGUGAGGACAUGUUCGGCGCAGACGACGCCGACUGGGCGAUCUAUCGCAAAAUUAACACGACCGCGCCCUCUUCGGACGAGGAGGAUGAUAUAGCGCAGCUGCAGACCAUAGAGACGAAGCUGCUCGCGCACGACCCGACGUUCGACGCCCAACACACACACGCGGCGCUCACGAGCCAGCGCUCGGCACUCAUCUCCGCCUUCCGGCCCCAGUAUGACGAUGGCGACGUCGAGGGUAAUACCCGGAUCCACCUUUCCACCGAGCGGUGGCGCGUCGCCGAGGCCUGGUUCUCCCCGAACAUGGCAGGCGUCGACUCGGCCGGGCUCGGCGAAGUCCUCCAAAACGUCCUCAGCGCCUUCUCGCUCUCCGAGCGCGGACGGCUCGUGCAGAACGUCUUCCUCACCGGCCAGCCCGCAUCGCUCCCCGGCCUCGCUGACCGUCUGCACGCGACCCUCCGCCCGAUCCUCCCGCCCGAGAUGCCGCUCGCGCUCGCGCGCGCCGCGGACCCCGCGCUCGACGCGUGGCGUGGCAUGGCCGCAUUCGCGCGCACGGACGCGUUUGCGCACGUCGGCGUGUCGCGCGCCGAGUACGACGAGUGGGGCGGUGAGCGCAUGCGCCGGUGGUGGGGCGGGAACUGGAAUGCCAGCGUGGCGGAGUAAUAUCACCGAAUAAAAUGUGGGUGCGGGAUGCCGCGCGGGUUGGAGUCGAUUGCGAAAGUGUUGAUAGGAUCUCAUUUGUUCACAUGUACUAUGUAGUAUUCGCGCUGUCGUCGUCGUUGCUUUUCUUGUUUGUUUACUUACUUUUUGGGGCGGGAUCGCGACGGAUGAAUACGG